AUGACAGUUUCUAACAUUAUCGAUGGGAAGGUUCAAGCAUUGGAUAUUCGAAACAAAGUUAAGCAAGAAAUUGCUCUGAUCAAGUCUAAGCAUGCGCACUAUGCUCCUCGCUUGGUCGUGGUCCAAGUAGGCGCUAGAGAGGACUCCUCGGUUUAUGUCCGCAUGAAGGCAAAAGCUGCUCAGGAAGUAGGCAUUGAAUUUGAGCAUGUCAAGCUGGGCCAAGAUAUCUCUCAGUCAGAGUUGCUUCGCAAGGUAAAGCAGUUGAACGACGAUAGUACUGUGCAUGGUAUCCUUGUUCAGAUGCCCCUGCCAUCGCAUAUUGACGAAGGCCUUGUGAUUGAAACCAUUGACCCCAGAAAAGAUGUAGAUGGUUUUCAUGCGUUCAAUAUUGGAAACAUGGCCAAAAAAGCAACUACCCCAUUAUUCUUGCCCUGCACACCCAAGGGCGUUAUUCAUUUGUUGCAUUCUACAGGCAUAGCUAUUGCAGGAAAGAGAGCUGUUGUGGUUGGAAGAAGCGAUAUUGUGGGCACGCCGGUUGCCUCCCUGCUCACUGCUGAACACGCUACAGUCACCAUUUGCCAUUCUCGCACCAAGAACAUUGAAUCCUUUAUUAAGGAAGCAGACAUCUUGGUCGUUGCUAUUGGAAAUCCCGAGUUUGUAAAAGGCGAAUGGGUCAAACCUGGUGCCGUAGUGAUUGAUGUGGGCACUAAUCCUAUUGCAGAUGCAAGCAAAAAAUCAGGCUCACGACUUGUAGGCGAUGUUGAAUAUGAAAAGGCCUUAGCAGUUGCCAGCGCUAUUACACCUGUUCCUGGAGGCGUUGGACCCAUGACCGUAGCUAUGUUGAUGGAAAAUACACAAUUGAGUGCUAAACGUUGGCUGGAUAACAGUCGCCAAAGACGCAUUGUUCCGCUUCCCUUGGAGAUCAAAUCACCUGUGCCUCAGGAUAUUGAAAUUGCAAGAUCACAAACACCCAAGAACAUUGCAGAUUUGUGCCAGGAGUUGGGGCUGUCACCAAGUGAGAUCGAAUUGUAUGGCACUGCUAAAGCAAAGAUCAGCUUGGAUGUCUUGAAGCGUUUGGGACAUCGUCAAGAUGGACGUUAUGUCGUUGUUACUGGCAUCACGCCCACUCCAUUAGGCGAAGGUAAAUCAACCACUACCAUUGGCUUGGUGCAAGCACUGGGGGCACAUUUGAACAAGGUUGCUUUUGCCUGUGUGCGUCAGCCUUCUCAGGGCCCUACUUUCGGUAUCAAGGGUGGUGCUGCUGGUGGUGGCUAUUCCCAAGUCAUCCCUAUGGAUGAAUUCAACUUGCAUUUGACGGGUGAUCUGCAUGCUGUUACUGCUGCCAACAACUUGUUAGCUGCUGCCAUUGACGCACGAAUGUUCCAUGAAAAUACCCAAACAGAUAAGGCCUUAUUCAAUCGACUAUGCCCUGCCAAGAAGGGUGUCCGUACUUUUGCUCCCGUCAUGAUGAAGCGACUAAAGAAAUUGGGCAUUGACAAGACAAACCCUAACGAUCUCACACCAGAAGAGGCGAGCAAAUUUGCUCGUCUAGACAUUGACCCAGCCACCAUCACUUGGCAACGUGGUUUAGAUACCAAUGACCGCUUCUUGCGAAAGAUCACCAUUGGCCAAAGCCCUACAGAGAAGGGACAAGAACGUACUACUGGAUUCGAUAUCUGUGUAGCAAGUGAGGUCAUGGCUGUCCUUGCCUUAGCAACUGAUCUCAAAGACAUGAGAGAACGUCUAGGCGCCAUGGUUGUUGCUAGCUCCAAAGCUGGAGAUCCUGUCACUGCGGAUGAUUUGGGUAUUGGUGGCGCACUCACUGUCUUGAUGAAAGAUGCCAUCAAGCCCAAUUUGAUGCAAACUCUGGAAGGCACCCCUACUAUUGUUCAUGCUGGCCCCUUUGCCAACAUUGCGCAUGGCAACUCUUCCAUUUUAGCAGACAAGAUCGCUCUGAAACUGGCUGGUACAGAUGGAUGUGAGGAUAUGGAGCCUGGCUACGUAGUAACUGAAGCAGGUUUUGGUGCUGAUAUGGGCAUGGAAAAGUUCUUUGAUAUCAAAUGCCGUGUCUCUGGCUUGGUGCCUGAUGCUGUCGUGCUGGUGGCUACUGUCCGCGCACUGAAGACACAUGGCAAUGGCCCUGCUAUUGUCGCUGGUAAACCUCUCCCCGACGUUUACAAUCAAGAAAAUCUGGAAUUGUUGCGAGAAGGAUGCUCGAAUUUGGUCAAACAUAUCGAAAAUGCAAAGAAAUAUGGCAUCCCAGUUGUUGUUGCAGUCAAUCGCUUCACCAAUGAUACAGAUGCUGAAAUUGAUCUCAUCCGCCACAUUUCAUUAAAAGCUGGUGCCAGUGAUGCUGUUUCCUGCAACCAUUGGGCAGAAGGUGGCGCUGGAGCCAUUGAUCUCGGUAAAGCCGUAAUUGCUGCCUGCGACGAACCUACCAAGAGCUUUAAAUUCUUGUAUGAUCUUGAUCUUCCUAUUGACACAAAGAUUGAAACCAUCUGCAAAGAGAUUUAUGGUGCAGAGGCUGUUGAAUACAGUGAAUUGGCUAAAGAAAAGAUUGCUACAUACACUCGCCAAGGAUUUGCAGCGCUUCCUAUCUGUAUGGCCAAAACACAGUAUAGUUUCAGCCAUGAUCCUUUGUUGAAGGGUGCUCCUUCUGGUUUUACUGUGCCUAUUCGCGAUAUCAGGGCCUCAGUAGGCGCUGGGUUCCUUUAUCCUCUGGUAGGAGAGAUGCAAACUAUGCCUGGAUUGCCUACUCGCCCUUGCUUCUUUGAUGUUGAUUUGGAUGAGGAGGGAAAUGUGUUGGGCCUUUUUUGA